AUGGCAUCCCUGAUACAGAAGGAAUGGGAGGAAUUUGACGAGUUUAUUGAGGAGAGUGGAACUAAGAAACCUUCAGACCCCAAUAUUGAAAUGAGGAUAUUUUUUGUGUUUUACAUUUUUCAAAUCAAUUUGACCUAUUUUCUGUGGUAUGUGUCAGUUGUCCUUUCACCUGAUUUUGUUCUACUCUGGCUGCAUCAACUCAAACAAUUGUUACUGAUUUGCUGUAAACUGCUCCGCAAGAACAAGCCUAAUGUUUCUACAGAGGCAAAAAAGAUCAGCAUCUAUUUGAAUAUGCUAAUUGUUUUUACUGAUUGUGGAAACUGGAGAAUUUUAAGCAUGAAAGGAGGGGAGGCUCUUAGACCAAGCUUACAGCAACUUUGUGCAAAUGUUCAGGGGUAUUUGAACAAUAAAGGACUGUAUCCAUCAUUGAAGGACCUCUUGAUGACUGGACUGGCUUGCAGCGAACCCUCUCUAAAGUCUGCAUCAUUUAAAGCAGUCAUUACAAUGGCUCUUAGGCCCUUGGUUCUCAGCAACUUUUCAGACAAUCUCAGCAGCCUGUUUAUACUCAAUAUCCUCUCUGUUCCUGGGCUUAUCCUACAUCUUUCAUCAACAGCACCAGAUGGUUUAAAACCAUUGAAGAUUCAUGGCAUCUAUAAAAAAGCUAUAUCAUUCCUCCAGCAAGAACAGAGCAUUAGAAUUGUCUUAAAUGCAUUAGAAUGUAGCUACUCUCUCUGUCUUUUGGCUAAUUUAGUGGAACUUUUUCAUAUUGAAAUAGAGGUUUUGAAAGAAGACUUAAUUAGUUUUGUGGAAGUAAUUACAAAGAUCCUUAACUAUUGCCAAUCAUAUGUUGCUAAGAAGCAGUCCAAUCUAACAAACUGGCAUCCCAUAUUAGGUUGGUUCAAGCAAUCUACAGAUGAGCGGCUGAACAUUUCAAUUCCUCAUAUAAGAAAGCAGCUUCAGUCCCUGUGGAGACAGAAAGUUGUAAAUCUGUUAUUUGAGGAUCUUUUAGUCAUCGGUGAAGGUGAAAGCAGUGAAGGAAAGAGCAAGGAUGACAAAGGUAUUUGGAAACCAUGGUCUCGUAUCGGCAGAGGUCGCUCUAGAUCUGCUCAGUCUAGUUUAUCCAGUCCACAGGUUGAAGUGAUUCUGAAAUCUUGUGUCAUGUAUCAAAGUGUACUGUGUACUUUCUCUCAGAUCAAGCUGGAUAUUUUAACAGGGUUGAGUUACCAAGAGGGAUUUGUAGUCCAUCUUUGGAAGUUUUUUGAUUCUUUUUGCCAAAAUGACAGCGUGGAAUCUCACUUGUGGAGUCUUGAAAAGACAGGCCUGUUUAACAGCUGUGAUCUUCAGGCCGCUUUUGUGCUUUUCUGUGACUGUUGCAGUCACUUGUUGCCCAUUGUUGAUGACUCCGAAAUGUACGAGAUACAAAAACCGUUCCGUUUAGACGAGCUGAACAGAAUAUCUGCCUUCCUAAAUAACUUGGUCUUCAAAAUGUUGUGGAACGAGAUGGUGGAGGAAUCAAGGAUGCAGAUGUUAAACUCAGCCCAUACGUUGCUGAUGAUACUGUAUGACAGAGAUUGCAGACGUCCUUUCACCUCUCAAGAUCAGUGGCUUGUUAGGUGCAUUAAGACGAGUAUAUUUGUAUCAGAACUUGAAAAGCGGAAGGAAGGCGCCCUGAUGGUGAUUCAGAAAAUACCACAUGUUCUACCUCACAGACAAAGGGUACAACUGUUUAGGAAGUUGGUCACCCAAGACAAAGAGGAGCUUGGUAUCACUCGUCCAUCGAAUGACUUUUUUCCUCAAGGGACGCUGAUUACAGUUCACCGAGCGAGAUUGUUGGAGGAUGGCUAUGAACAGCUGGCCUUACUCCCAACUCGGUCAUUCAAAGGAAUCAUCCGUGUCAGGUUUAUUAACGAGCAGGGUCUCUCCGAGGCUGGUAUCGACCAAGAUGGCGUGUUUAAAGAGUUCCUGGAGGAGGUGGUAAAGAAAGGAUUUGAUCCAUCACUUGGUUUAUUUAAGAUGACAAGCGGCGAGGAAGAGCGAUUAUUUCCGUCGAGCACGUCUUUUAUUCACAACAACCAUUUAAAAUUGUUUGAGUUCUUGGGUAAAGUGCUGGGCAAAGCUCUAUACGAAGGUAUGGUCGUCGAAGUACCAUUUGCAUCGUUUUUCCUCAACCACAUUCUUAGUCGACAGCACAGCAGUUUGUACAGUUCAAUAGACGAACUUCCUUCCCUUGAUCAGUCACUAUACAAAAGUUUAUGCUUCAUCAAGCAUUAUGAUGGCGACGUUCGAGAUCUCGAACUGUCAUUUUCCUUCAACGAAGAUGUUCUUGGCAAGGUGGUCACUCAUCAGCUCAUGCCAGGCGGAAAUGUUAUGCAAGUCACAAAUGAUAAUAAGAUAAGUUAUGUUCACUUGAUGGCGCACUAUCGCAUGUGUGUUCAAAUCCGGGAACAAACACUUGCCUUCAUACGGGGGUUUAAGUCUAUCGUGCGACAUGAUUGGUUGCAGAUGUUUUCCGGUCCUGAACUCCAGAGACUCAUUUCCGGUGACAAUGCUGCCAUGGAUCUGAGUGACUUGAGACGUCACACAAGAUAUUACGGUGGUUAUCAUAACAAUCACAGAGUAGUCAAUUGGUUGUGGGAUGUACUGGAAAAAGACUUUUCCGAGGACGAAAAAUCUAGAUUUCUUAAGUUCGUUACGAGUUGCUCGAAACCUCCGUUGUUGGGAUUUGCUCAUCUUGAGCCUCCGUUUUCUGUUCGAUGCGUGGAGUGUAAUGAUGACGAGGAUGAAGGUGACACUGUAGGCAGUGUGUUUCGCGGGUUUUUCAGCGUUGGUCGGCGGCACGAUCCAGUUGGUAGACUGCCCACCUCAUCCACUUGUUUUAAUUUGCUCAAACUUCCUAACUAUAGGAAGAAAAGCACACUCAAAGAAAAACUCCGUUAUGCAAUCAAGGCCAACGCAGGAUUUGAACUUUCAUAAUCCAUGACAGCAAAAGAGGAAUAGCCACUUCGUUUCUUGCCCAAAAGGAUCCAUUCUCAAAGAUCUAUCUCCUUGUAAAGCUACCACUAACUUAAAGGAACCUUUAAAAUAUUGCUACAGUUGGUAAAAACGAAAACCCAGUGAGAUAAUUAUCCACAACAGUAAGCAAAAUUUGAGCUAAGUGGCGGCAAGACAGAAUGAGGAUAAGGAUGAAAAGGUCGCAUUGCAAAGGAAGGACUCGAAAGACGUAUGUUAAAUUGUCCUAGUUAGCUGGACCGGCACUCCAUUUAGCCGCUUUGCCUUUUCGACCAAAGUCUUCGAUCCCUGUUCCCGACGAAAGUAUCACAACUCAAAAAAGGAAUCUGCUUGAGGACUCACCGCACAUAAAGUAGAACUGAGGUCGAUUGUCGAGCACGAUCAAGAUGAUCUGCCGUGAAUGUGCUACAAUCUCUUCUUUAUAUGAAGGGUUCGUACCAUCUCACAGAAACAAUUUUCCAGGACUUCCCAAGACUCAGAUCGAUUUUUCCAGGACACCCAAAAAUUCUCAUCAUCCCUUUAAUUCUCAUGAGUGACCAACCCACUCCCACAGAAUCAAGAUGGCAAGUGAUCAGAUUUAAAGGAAUAUUUAUAUGUGAAUUAUCGACUAGUUUGAUCAGAUGCUGAAUUCCAGUUUUCCAGGACUUUUGCAUUUGAAAUCGGUCUUUGCUUAGUUGUCAGUGUGACGUUUAUUUUCUACGUCAAAGAAAGUAAAAAAUGAUAAAUCGCCAUACCAAGAGCACUUUUUGUCGACCUAUUACUUCCACACUGAAUCGUUGCCGUCGUGGUCUCCUCGGAUAAGUCCGCCAAGUUCGUCCCAGGUAAACCUGCUUAUUUAGCCUGCGUAGCGGCCCUAGAGGGAGGGGGAAGUGGGUGGGGAGCCCAGCGGAGAGAGGCUUGGGGAGAGGAAAGGAAGGGCCUGCCAGGGACCCCAUGGAUUCUUCGAAACUCUCACCGAUUAAUUAUGCGUAUCGUGUUUCGAAUGUCAAUCAACAACUGUCAAAACUAAUCACGAAGCGCCAUUUAAAGACGUAAGCCAGUGAAGCAUGGAAAAUACUACAAAUAGCAGAGCACUGACCCAUGCAAACUGUCAAAACACUGCCGCACGUGAAUGAAAAUGUCGGACGACAAGGAAAAUUUCAAAGAAAAACCUAAGAGGGGUAGAAAGCCUAAUAUAGAUGUUGUAGAGUAUUUUGAAGGAUUGCUAUUUUGAGUAUUUUUAGGUUUACCUUUUGUUUUGUUAAGUCUCGCUUUAUGUGUUGACGUGUUGUUUUUGUAGUUCUUUUGCCAUGACCUUAUGUUUCUGGUAUGUACUUAAACUAUUGUUAGUCCACAGACUUUUCUUGUUACCUUGUUAGACUUAAUAAUUGCUUGUUAUGGUUUGAAAUGGCUAGUUUCAUAGGUGGUCAUGUUUGGGUUGUUAAAACUGACCUUGAGUUUUACCCACACUGAAGAUCCUGUUUCUGCGCGUGAUUUUCGUGCGCAGCUCGAUGAUUGGCGUUUAAUUGGUACCUUGGUGCUCACCAAGUGCUUCGGAGCGAGCCACCCAAUUUCCCCCUUUGCAAAACAACGAAUGCACAAUGGAAACUCCCACAGUCAGCUAACCCAAACAUGUCUGUGAUUUUUGCAUUUAAUGCGUGACCACUCCUUGCUAAAAGUAGAAGAAAAAUAGCAGAAGGAAAGCUAGCAGCAGCAGUAGGAGAAGAAGAUACCCGAAACGUUGUAGUAGGAAAGAAUAAAAAGAGAGAAGAGUCCAGAGUCUCAGUACUUCUCGUUAAAAGGCCAAGGUAAAAAUCCCCCAACAAAUUUGGUGGAGGACCCGUUAUCUACAAGUUGGGGAGGACGCUUUUGGAAUUCCUACAAUUGUGAGUGGAACUUCGCUUCUAUCAGCAUGCUUUUCCGUUGCAAGCUAAUUUUACUUUCUAAAUAUGAGUGAUAGCCGAGUUCUUUAUAACGAUCUAGUCAGCGUAGAAUGUAACAGUUUAUUUAGUGUAUAGGUCAGUUAGCUUCUGAUUUGAUUAUCGCUGUUAAGGAUCAAUUUCAAGGUUUGGAUUUUCAA